AUGCUGGUCGUUAUCAAGCACUACGCUGUGAUAGUGUACACCGUGUUGCUGUGCUUAGUGCCAUUGGGUCACACUGGCAAAAAGGCAGUGAAGUGCCCUUCAUCCUGCAGCUGCUCCAAGGAGUCCAUCAUCUGCGUCGGCUCUUCAUAUGUGCCGCGGAUCACACCGAACGAUGUCAACUCACUGAGCAUCGUGAAUGGGACUUUCUCUGAGGUCAGGGAAGCCAUGUUCGCACACAUGCCAUCUCUCCAGCUGCUAUUACUUAAUUCAAAUGCUCUUACCACAAUUAAAGAUGAUGCAUUCUCUGGUCUACCACACCUUGAAUAUUUGUUUAUUGAAAACAAUAAGAUUGAGACCACAUCAAAAUAUUCCUUCAGAGGACUCAGGGAUCUGACCCAUCUGUCUUUGGCAAACAACAACAUAAAAGCCUUGCCCAGAGAUCUCUUCAGUGAUCUGGACUCGCUAAUAGAGCUAGACCUGAGGGGCAAUGCGUUUGAGUGUGACUGCCGAGCUAAAUGGCUGAUGACAUGGCUGAAAAACACCAACGCCUCAGUAUCAGAUAUCCUGUGUGCCGGCCCAGAGGAGAUGAAGGGCAAGCGGCUCAAUGACAUGACGAGCCUCCAUGAUGAGUGCAUCUCCACAGAUUUCAUUCCACUUCAGUCUGUGACCACCGAGUCUCUUUCUGUGGACACGUUCUCCCAUAAGAAUGAUGUUUAUGUGACCAUCGCUGCUCCUAAUAUAGAGAGCUGCAUGGUGCUUCAGUGGGACCACAUCGAAAUGAACUUCAGGAGUUAUGACAACAUUACAGGUCAGUCCAUCGUUGGCUGCAAGUCAGUGAUAAUCCAGAACCUGGUAUUUAUGAUUGUUGCCCAGCUGUUUGGUGGUUCUCACAUCUAUAAGUUUGAUGAAGACCAAAGCAAAUUCACCAAGUUUCAGGACAUUGAAGUUUCCAAGAUCUCCAAGCCCAAUGACAUAGAGACCUUCCAAAUUGGUGAUGAAUGGUUCUUUAUCAUUGCUGACAGCUCAAAAGCUGGUCUUUCAACCCUUUAUAAGUGGAAUGACAAAGGCUUCUAUUCCUAUCAAUCACUGCAUGAGUGGUUCCGUGAUACUGAUGCAGAGUUUGUGAACCUGGAUGGUAAGGCUCACCUCAUUCUGGCCAGUCGUUCCCAAGUUCCAGUCAUCUACCAAUGGAGCAAGGCUGCACAGAAGUUUGUGUUGCAGGGCGAAAUCCCCAAUAUGGAGGAUGUAGUCGCUGUCAAAACGUUCUGGAUUCAAGAGGACCUGUAUCUGGCUAUGACGCGAUAUAUCGGUGACUCCAAAGUCCUACACUGGACUGCCAAACAUUUCUCUGAGGUUCAGGCCCUUCCUUCAAGAGGUUCCAUGAUCCUUCAGCCAUUUUCCUUUAAAGAUUGGUAUUAUCUAGCUUUAGGUAGUGACUACACAUUCUCACAGGUCUACCUGUGGAAUGCAGAGGACAAGGUGUUUGAGCGCUUCAAAGAGGUCUAUAUUCAGGCCCCACGCUCUUUUACCGUGGUCUCCACAUCCCGCAGGGACUUCAUCUUUGCUUCCAGCUUCAAGGGGAGCACACAGAUAUUUGAGCACAUUGUUAUUGAUCUGAGCCUUUGA